AGCUGUGGAGGGGAGAUGACGGCCGUGUACAAAGACGACCAGGGUGACUGGAUGACUGUCUGCCUCAAGUACCUCCUCUUCGUCUUUAAUGUCCUCUUCUGGGUGGGCUCGGCGGUGAUGGGUGUGGGCAUCUGGACCCUGAUAGACAAGAGUGAUUACCUGAGCCUGCUGGCCUCCAGCACCUUCCUGUCCGCCUACAUCCUCAUCCUGGCCGGGGCCCUGGUCAUGGUCACGGGCUUCCUGGGCUGCUUUCUCAUCAGGGAGCAGAGGAGCUGCCUGUCCACGUAUUUCUGCUGUCUGUUAUUGAUCUUUCUCAUAGAGCUGGUGGCAGGAGUCCUGGCCUACGUGUAUUACCAGAGGCUCAGUGAGGAGCUGAAGCAGCACCUGAAUGAGACCAUGACAGAGAACUACGCCCAGCCAGGGAAAGAGGCCAUCACCCUGGCCGUGGACAGACUACAGCAGGAUUUCAAGUGCUGUGGCAGCAACAACUCAUUUGAUUGGCUGCAUAGUGUGUACAUGACCUCGGCUGUGGCGGAGGGCAGGGUGGUCCCGGACAGCUGCUGUAAGACCAUCACCACCCUCUGUGGCCGCAGAGACCACCCCUCCAACAUCUACAAGACUGAGGGUGGUUGCAUCACCAAGCUGGAGCAGUUCCUGGCUGACCACCUGCUGAUCAUCGGAGCUGUGGGGAUAGGAGUGGCCUGUCUACAGCUGGCCGGGGCCAUGUUGACGGCCUGCUUUAUCUAUCUGCUGUAUAAAGAAGAGGAGGAGGACUUCUCUGCCGUGUGAUUGGCUAAGCCUCUGUCUGGUCACACUCAGUGGGGACGGGACAAGAUCUGUGGGAUGGUGUUCACAUGCUGCUUACACAGAAGGAUUAAAUUGGAUCCUUACUGAACCCUACCGUCAAGCCCCCCCAACACCAUCCUGCCUCAUGGGCCAGGGAGCAACGAUGCCUGCUGAACACUCACCCUUGACCUCUAACCCCUCCUAACCCCUGAACCUUACGAUCCAACCCUGCCUGGACCUUCCUGGGUCCUUCUGCACCCCUCCUUUAGCUUGGAUGCAUGCACAGCCCCCCCCCUCUCUCAAAGACAAGGCCAAUGAAGAAGAGAUGAUUUGGUAUUAUGGUAUUGUUAUUUUCUGUAGGUAACCUGCUGCUGUUUAUGUAAGGUAGUUCUUACUGUAUGUUGUCAAUACAGUCAAAUCCUUACUGUAGAUUUCACAACAUUCCACACAACUGGAAGGCAACCCGAAGUGGUUGUGACUGAGAAUCAAGUGUACUGUACACACUCUCAUGGUGUUGCUGCUUACGAAGGGUUAUUCAGUUAGUGCUAUAUCCAGUGUGUCACGGAUGUGGCCCACAACGUGCCUCUGUCAUUGUUUUAUCACGCAUUCUUUGAUAGCAAUGUUACACCAAUUUAAUGGUUCACCACAAAGGGAAUCCCAUGGUCAGCGAUGUUUGAUCUACGUCACAAAGAAAACAAUCACGAGUUGAUUGAUAUCCACAGAAUAAUCAAGCCGAUAUGGGGAAAACUUGAUAUGAAUGAAAAUAGCACUAAACGCUGCUAAGAGUAACGUUGCAACAUUUCUGUAUGUGUUGCCUCCGUAGCUUGACUAACACAUGUGGUUCUGUGUUGUAUGCUAUGCUAAAGGUGUUGAUAUCGGCCAAAUUGCCUUUCUUGCAGUACCAUAUAAACCUACCACCCAUCUUUCAAUACCAGAACCAAUUGACUUGUUUUACGACCACUUUUAUGCUGGAGAAACAUGUUGUCAUUUACCACUGAUACAGCUUCAGAUCUUUCUCUGUCACGCUACUGGUUAAGAUUAGGAUUCAGGGGUUAUGGGUGACUUCUAGUUGAACGGGAGAGGUUUGAACUGUCAUGAGUCAGUCCUCUCCUCUGGUGUGGGUUAGAGUCAGUCCUCUCCUCUGGUGUGGGUUAGAGUCAGUCCUCUCCUCUGGUGUGGGUUAGAGUCAGUCCUCUCCUCUGGUGUGGGUUAGAGUCAGUCCUCUCCUCUGGUGUGGUUUAGAGUCAGUCCUCUCCUCUGGUGUGGGUUAGAGUCAGUCCUCUCCUCUGGUGUGGGUUAGAGUCAAUCCUCUCCUCUGGUGUGGGUUAGAGUCAGUCCUCUCCUCUGGUGUGGGUUAGAGUCAAUCCUCUCCUCUGGUG